AUGGCUAUAACCUCCCUCUUCAACUUCUCAAACAUUUUCCUCUUUCUUUCCAACCUUUUGAUCCUUCGAUCUAGAAUCGCUUUCAGCAGCAUAGCUCAUGAUCUUGGCUUCUCUGUUCGUUUGAUACACCAAGAUUCGCCUCUAUCUCCAUUCUAUAACCACUCGAUGACCAGCUUUGAUCGAAUCCAAGCAGCUGCUCGUCGCUCGAUCUCUCGCCUCAAUCACUUCCAUUCUCUCAUCACCGCGUCUUCUUCUUUAUCAACAUCCACACGGAGGGAAGAUAUCGCUUCAAGAUUAAUCCCUGAUUCUGGCGAGUACACUAUGAGCUUCUCUAUUGGCAGUCCCCCAAUUCAAGUCCACGCCAUUGCAGAUACAGGGAGUGACUUCAUUUGGCUUCAAUGCCCCUGCAAAUCCUGCAGCCACCAAAGCACGGAAAUUCCCAUUGUUUUCGAGCCUUCCGAAUCGUCCUCUUACAGAAGUCUCUCUUGUGAUUCCUUUGGCUGUGAUGCUGUAGGUGCAGCAAGAACGUGCACAAAUCCUUAUCAGAGUUGCGAGUACUCGAUAACUUACCUUGACGGGUCAAUUACAAAGGGAACUUUUUCAGUUGACAAGUUUGCAUUUGAGGAUCCUCGUCGCAGCAACAACCACGUCGAUGUUGGUUCCUUGAGAUUUGGCUGUUCUCACGAGACUUCUUGGCAUGUCAACUCUACGUAUAUCGGUGCAGUGGGCUUGAACCGGCUUCCAUUGUCGUUGAUCUCUCAGCUAAACAUGAGGAAGUUCUCCUAUUGUAUGGUCAUUCCAAAUGAUCAAGGCUCAGGAAGUAAAAUGUAUUUUGGUUCCCAAGCAGUUAUUUCUGGUGGGAGAACUCCAUUUUUGGAGGGAGAGGACUGGUUCUAUUAUGUGACGGUUGUGGGAAUCAGCGUCGGAGAUGGAAGAGUUCCUCUUCCUGAUGGAGUAUUCAACAGGACUGAUAGUGGGGAGGGAGGUUUUGUGAUUGAUUCAGGCACAACAUAUACAACGCUGAGAUCGGAAGCCUAUGAUGCAUUGAUCAAGGCAUUGGGUGAAGCCACUCCUUUGCCGCAAAGAAAAGGCCCCGUGUAUUGGCUUGAACUUUGUUUCGAGGGAAGUUUCGAGGACUUGGACUUGGCUCCGGACGUGUCAUUUCAGUUUGAUGGUACAGAAGUUAUACUGAUGAAACAAAGCACUUAUGUUGAAGUGCAAGAGGGACUUUGGUGCCUCUCAAUUGUUCGGUCCGAUCGGUUGCUGUCCACACUUGGAAAUGUUCAGCAGCAAAACUAUCUUGUUGGCUAUGACCUUGAUGAGGAAGUGGUUUCUUUUGCCCCAGCUGAUUGUGCUACAUUUUGA